ACCGGAGGUAGGGGAGCGAAAGUGAGCACAACUCCAAGAAUGGGCAGGAAGAGACGGGCUCCUUGAGGCCUGGUGGCAGACAGUUUGACUGAUAAUAAGCGUAGGAGCGUCGUUAUUGCAACGUUUCCAUUCAAUCGAGUGGCAAGUGUAUAGAUCGCCGUGGUGAACAGCAAUCAACUGAGCUAGUGGAAAAUCGCGACCGUAAGGUACGCGAAAAAUGAAAGUGCGGAGGAACGCGAUUGCACGAUCGAGAAAAGGCUGGCUGGCGGAGUGAGAUUCCGGUGACGUUCCAAAGAGAGAAACGUAACGUGCGCAAGGUUAUGGGCGUGCUGCUGGUACGAUCCAGUGUGUGCCAGUGAUUCUCACUGACAUGCCUGCUGCGGUCCCCGUUGGAAAAAAUUUCGUGCUCGCAACAACUUGGCGCAUAAUCAGUUACCGCGAGGCCGCUCUGACGCGAGCGUCGUCCGUCAUCCUUGUCGUCGAUCCUUGAGCAACGUGCUGCAUGACAUCAUGACGCGAAAACUCAGCAAGUUUUUGAUACUCUUCGAUAACACGAAUCUCUUGUAUUUUCCCGGCCACUUUUUGUCCGGUCGGGUACUUAUCGAGUUGGACGACGAGGCUUAUGUUUCAGGGUUGCAUUUUCAUGUGAUCGGUGAAGGAGUGGUGCGUGUACGCAGUCAACGCGCCGAAAGAGUUUACGACAAAGAAAACUAUAUAGAUUUUCGUAUGAGAUUGCUGGGUGAGCCAGGAGAGGGACCGUCGCUGCUGUCACCGGGGAUUCACAGCUUUCCAUUCAAAUUAGGCCUACCACUGGGCCUACCGUCUACUUUCUUGGGCAAACACGGCUGGGUGCAAUAUUAUUGCAAGGCUGCACUUCGGGAGCCCGGCGGUCUGACGCACAAGAAUCAGCAAGUCUUCAUUGUGAUGAAUCCCAUCGAUUUGAAUUUAGAACCGCCGAUUUUGGCGCAACCGGCAAGGCAAGAAAUCGAGCAACGAGUCGGUGUUUCCUGCGUUUCCGGAGGUCCUGUAUUUUGCAGAGUAAGCUUGGACAGAGGCGGAUACGUACCCGGUGAAACUAUCGGGAUCUCAGCGACCGUCAGCAAUCGGAGCAAAGUGACGAUGAAAUCGACUAAAGCAUCCUUGACCGAAACAAUUCAGUACCUGUGCCGUGGUAAAGUGCUCGCGAGCGAGACGCGAGAAUUAGCCAGCGUUUCCAGGGGGAAAAUCCGUCCUGGAGAAGGCGAGGAAUGGUUGAACGAGCAAAUGUACGUUCCACCGUUACCACCCACCAAUCUGCGCGGGUGCCACCUCAUCAACGUUCUUUAUCACGUCUACUUCGUAAUAAGUCCAAAGAGUCUGGACAAAGAAAUCAAACUGCAAAUACCAAUCGUUCUAGCUACUUAUCCCUUAAGACAGGAAGGUGCUCCAGCGGGAACUGCACCGUCGAAAAGGGGAGCACAUUAUCCGUCAACGUUGCCGAUAUUUCGACCAUGGUUGGACGAUAAGGCUUUCGAAAUUCAAGAGUGAAGGUUUAACUAACUUUCACCGAUGAUGUCUAGAAAAAAAAAUCUCAACGAAAAUCAUAUCGCAAAUAUCGACGAUGAUGAUACGAAAGAUGUAAAAGAAAUUCUCUGAACAUUUGAAGAAAGUUAAUACGCUUAUAAUAAUACUUAUCUCGAGUUAAACUUGACUAAAAGUGCUUACAAAUGACAGACGAAGACAUUAUUUUUACAUUCCAUUUUGAAUUGUUUGUUUAAUCGAAUUUAGAAAGUAUAGAGAAGAAUAGAGCAUCUUUCAUAAUUUAAAAGUUUUAGAUUUAAAAAUAUAUAGUGAUAUAUAUAUCAUUUUUGUUAAUAUCUCGUAAAUGUCUAUAAUGAGUUACAAAAUGUUGUUUACAAUAUUUUAAAUACAUUGAAAUAUAUGAUAUUUUAGAUAUUUAUAUAUUGUAAAUGAUAUUUUUAACGAAAAAAUAAAUGUAUAUUAAAAAAUCAAUAUAUAUACAUCGAGAGAAAGCUUAAAUGCGUCAGCGAGCUUCAUGAUCAUAUAUUUCAUUAAUGAAAAUUAUUAACGAACUACUUUUACAAUUGUAUAAAGUUAUUUUUCGAUUGUAUAAAUUAACUCAGCAUGUUUGAACAUAAACGUGAUUGCCAUAUUUAUGCACAAUAAAUAUGACUUAUCAAAGUGAAGAGAAUUGUAACAUUAUAUGCACUAAAAAAAGAAGUAGCUGUUUAUAACAAAAGACAAAAGUACGGUAAUUGUUA